CCCGGCUGUACUCUGUUAGUGUUGCUGACGAGACGCUGAAAACAGGUUCUCCCUUUCCAGCUGAUCGACCCAUUUGAUCAGCUCCUGGUUGAACAUCGUCAUGACCUGACGAAUUGUCCCUUUCCUAUUUAAUCAUGAAUGACAAGCUGUUUUUUCUGGGCCUCCUGUACUUUGUGCAGGGGAUCCCCUAUGGUCUCCAGUCCUUGUUGCUCCCUGUCUACCUCCGUGGGGCGGGCCACUCCCUCACCCACAUCGGCUUGACCAAAAUCCUCUACUUCCCCUGGGUGCUCAAGGUCCUCUGGGCACCCCUGGUGGACCGUGUGGGCACCAAACGGUGCUGGCUGGUGGCCACAGUCUCUGGCCUGGCGCUUACUUGUCUCUCCAGUGCCGCUCUGGCCCCGGAGGCCCACAUCUGGGGAGUGGUGGGGACUCUGCUGGCCAUGAACGCCCUGGCAUCGAUUCAGGACAUCACAGUGGACGGGGCCGCUGUGGGACUGCUGAAGGGCCGCAGCGAGCUGGGCCUGGGCAACAUGGCUCAGGUGGUGGGCUACAAGGCCGGCUCGGUGUUCGCCGGGGGCGGGCUCCUGGCUGUGAUUGACGUGGCUGGGUGGGGCCCUAUGUUUAUGCUUUUGGCCUUUGUGUACUUCGGGGUGGCACUGUUUGUGUGGGGGGCCCCUGUGCUGGACAAUGAGCUGUUGAGGGGCCAGGCAGAGGGGAGGAGGGGGGUCCAGUCGGACGCUGUGCAUCCCUGGAGGGUGUGGCGGAAGCUGCUGUCAGUACCUGGGACACCCUGGACCAUGAUCUACGUUUUCACAUACAAACUGGGUGAGCAGGGUGCGGUGACCAUGUUCCCUCUCUUCCUUUUGGACCAUCACAUGACAGCCCGGGAGCUGGGGUUCUGGAACGGCAUGAUCGCCAUGUGCUUCUCAAUCUGUGGCUCCUCCCUCGGUGGCCUGCUGCUCUCCCAGUUCAGUAUUGGCUCUCUGAUGAGGCGGGUAUUUGUGAUGCGGACUGUCAGCAUGGUGUUCCAGAGCUCCCUCCUGACCGUGCUGGAACCUUCUCCACUCAUGAAAGGUAUGGCAGUGUUGAGUUUGAGCAUUCAGCACUUUCUGGGCGGCCUCAUCACAACGCUCACCUUCACAACCAUGAUGCACUGCACACAGAGAGCGGAGGAGAGUGUACAGGCCACCCACUACAGUUUCCUGUCCACUCUGGAGGUACUGGGGAAGCUGAUGUUCGGUGCCCUGGCAGGGGGCCUGGUGGACUGGGUGGGUUUCCCCACCGCCUUCCUCCUUUUCCUGGUCCUCUCUGCCGGGACAGCCCUCCACAUCUGGAAGGCCACAGACACAGGGGCGCUCAGGGAAGAGCCCAAGUGAUCAGCUUUUUGUUCUAGCCCUUACUAACACAUCAGAUCAAGCUACUCAAGGGGUCGAUGAUCAGUUGAGUCGUUGAACAAGGUGUGUGAGUGUAGGGUUGGAACAAAAACCUCCACACCCUAUAUGUGUCCAGGACUAGAGAUGGUGAUCACUGAGAUUGAGGAGGAGGAGGAAGAAGUGUGUUGCAUGAGUGCGAAGCAAAUUCUGUCGUACGUCGGCGUCCUAGAAAAACUCUCACUUUUUUUAAACAUAAAUUUAACUUUUCACAGAACAUUCCACUCCAUGUUCUGUGAAAGAUUAAUGAAUCUAGUACUAAUAUAAGUAAUUCAAAAAGCCUUGUGAAUUCCCAUUAAUAUAUGGCAACAACAACAUUGUUUCAGAUUCCUGAAAAGUGAACUUUUUUAUACAAGAUUUUUCCAGGACACUGAUGAGUAGCUAUAUUGAGUUGGGAGAUUGGAUCAGUAGCAUAAGGGAUAGGGAGGGAAAUAAAUAAAUGGGAAAGCUGUUAAGGGGUUGUUGGAGGACAUACAGUACCAUCUGAGCCAUUUUCAUAUUUGCCAAGGCUGCAGUAAAAUUUAAUCCAGCAGUUAUACUUAGCCAUUGAUUAGCCAGCGAUGAAGGUUAUAUAUGUCAUAUCAGUUUCCUUUUUGAACUUGUUCUGUGGUGACAUUUUUGAAUGAAUCCCUACUACCUCUUAUCAACACUGUAAGAUACGCAGAAGAAGCUAGUGAGCAGUAAAGUACAACAUUUGCUAGCUAGCGUGCAAUUUUGAUUAGAGAUAGCUAGCUUGAACCAUUACUCUGCUAGCCGAGGUUAGUUGUUAGCGCAAUUAGAGAACCAGGUCAGACUUUAUUUAUAUAGUCCGGAUUUUAAAUCUGUAGAUGCUCUACAGAUGGUCAUACUAUCAACAAACAAUCUGUUGAUAAGCAACUGCUUGCUAUGGUUACUGUUAGGUUUAGGGUUAGGGUUAAGGUUAGGGUACGGUCUAAGCUUAGGGUUAUGAUAACGGUUUAGGUUAGGGUUACAGCUAGGGUUAGUAGAUAGUUAGUUGAAAUGUUACUGAUGGUCUAUAUCUACAGAUGGACUAUCCAAAUAAAGUAUUACCGAGAACAGUACUGUAGCCUUACAUUUUGUAUGGUGGUUAGUUUUCCAAGAUUGGCAACAAAAAAAAUGAAAAAUAUAUAUUGUACAUUUUUAUGAAUUCUGGGGGGAAAUUAUAUUAAUAUGUAAUUUUACAUAGAUGCUGGUUGUUUAACUACCUGCUGAUAUUGCUUGUUUGAGUUGUUAAAUAAUGUGUAAAGUUCUUAAGAAUAACACACACCUUAUCUAAUCACAGCAGUUGAAGCAACUUAGAUUGUGGUGCAGUUCAUUCGACUGGUGAGAGGCAUCUACUGGCAAAUAGACUGACAUAUUCAACCAAUGCCUCACACUGAUUGACUACCAUCUGUCUUUUGUUUACCGUAUCACACAUUGUGAUGGCUGAAUUACAAUAUAACAGAUAGUCACAGGGAUGACAAUCCAGGGGACAAGUCAAAGGGAUGACAGUUCACAGAGGUGGCAUAGUGACACUAGGCCUAGGCAGUUUCAGAUAGGGACAGCCGUGGGGAGAUAGAACCAGAGCAGCCAUGUUAUGAACUGUUAUGAUCAGCAAGGUCACUGACCAAUACAGCCAAGUCCACACUAAUGUAAAGCACCUGUUGCAAAGCACACCCCUGCUUCUGAUAUAUGCUGAGAGAUUGUCACUAAAUAAAGCUGCUGCCCAAAUGUCAUAUCCUGUAAUAAUCCUCUACCUGAACGUACCUGUUUUUAAUACCGUCACUUUGGCAUCAGUCUAAAAAAGAAUCAUAAUAAACCCCUGUACAUUUGAAAGAUAGAAGCAUAAAGUUAAUAUAUCAUACCAGUUAUAUCCAGUGGACUGAAUGGGAUUGAAGCUAGCCAUUGUUGGGGACAUUACACCAUGCCAAAUCUUGGGACACAAUUAUGUUUUCCUCACACACGUCUCUCAUAUAUCCACACCCUAUGUCAUUUUGGAUAAAGAUCUCAUUACAUCAGGGUCCUCCUGAUAACCAUAGCUCUGUGUGUGUUUGUGUGUGUGUGUGUGUGUGUGUGUGUGUGUGUGUGUGUGUGUGUGUGUGUGUGUGUGUGUGUGUGUGUGUGUGUGUGUGUGUGUGUGUGUGUGUGUGUGUGUGUGUGUGUGUGUGUGUGUGUGUGUGUGUGUGUGUGUGUGUGUGUGUGUGUGUGUGUGACUCCAUCUCUCUCCUAUACCUCUCCCCUUGCUCCAUGCAACACACCCACCACAUUCUAGCUACAGCAUUGAUAUUUCUCAGAAAUCACAGGUGGUAUUGGCAUUUUCAACACACAUUGAUCAGGUUUGGUUCUCUGUCGGGGAAUCAAAACACAGGUGUUUGGAACAAUGACUACAUGAAUGACCAUUUAAUCAAUAGACCCAUUUAAAUUCUAACGUAACAUCGAGCGAUGAUGUCGGGUGUUCAGUUUUCCCGCAGUACAUCACUGUUGAGUAUUACAUUGCCUAAUUUGUCUGUUUCAAGUCAGUUGUAAUCCGUGUAUUUGCUACAGGUGUUAUGUAUCAGAUUAGGGAAAACCCAACACUUGUCUUCAUCUGUACAAUAGGUAACCUGGCAGAAAAUCCAGAUAACCCCUACCAGCCCAAUUUUUUCCCCUUGCCAGUUAAAAGGGCAUGGCUUAACACUCUUCCCAGAUCAUUUAAUAUAUGAUUUUGGAAAAUGAUACAGAUACAACAAAGAUAAAUGACACGAAGAUACAUAUUCAUUCGACUACCUUGAAUGUGAGACAGAGUAUCCUGAUGAAUCGCUUCAGUUCAAUCAAUCAUACAAAGGCAGUUAACCCCUUCAAGUCCCUGGCCCCUUGUCUUCUCAGAGUUGAUGAUUUGCUACAGCACUGGCUGAUGGACAGACAUGUAAUCAUGGCAUCGUUAGAGAGGGCUUUUCACAACACCCUGAACACUGUGAUGCGGCCCUCAGCCAACGUGCCACGACAGGUUGUCUAUGAGACACAGAGGGGGUUAUGGGAUGGAGUAGUAGUAGAGGGCAGAGGAAUGAAGGGAUGGGGAGGUGGGGUGCAGAGAGGGGUGGUUUGAAACAUGGGGCGUCUUCUGCUAUGGCCCUAAUGGCUCAAACGAGGUUGUGAGAGAAUAGGGUUGAGGCCAGGGAUGGGGGCGAGAGGGGCCCACGACCCACUGUGAAGUGACUCAAGCACAACACCAUAUGAGCUGGCAGCCUGUCACAUCUCCACCCAUCAGAAAGGACUCUAUAGGACCCUCUCUAUUGGACUUUUCCCUACAGACCAGCUUCUAUCACUUUAUACAGUAGUACUUCAGUAUACAAACUAACUCCCAUUACCAAACACAUCACCAUAGACAGCUAAGAUAACUAGGUGUUUGGUUUUUACGUACACCAUAGACAUGAGAUUACAUAACCCCCGUGGCCAGGUAGGCUCGAUCAGAUCAGUGGACAGUGACUGCUGGGUUCCUGCUACAGGUGUGGAUGGACAGUCAUUCAUCAUGCGCAGGAAUGUGAGGUGUUUUCAAAUAUGGAGAGCAGUGUCUGCAAAGAUGAAAAAGGGUAAAUGGUUUCCUCUCACUAAUGUCUACAGAUUUAUCAAAACAAACAAAUAUGUAGGUAACUCUUAAAAGACAUUGACACAGGCAAUCCUCGUUACCUGGAUACCUACUUUAAAAAAAAAUAAACAAUGUUAAUUUGGACGCAGUAAUUGCAGUGUGUACUGCAAAAUAUCUACAGUUGAACUACAAAAUGACGGCACUAUUGCAGUUACAAAAUGACGGCACUAUUGCAGUUACAAAAUGACGGCACUAUUGCAGUUACAAAAUGACGGCACUAUUGCAGUUACAAAAUGACGGCACUAUUGCAGUUACAAAAUGACGGCACUAUUGCAGUUACAAAAGUGAGGAUGCAGUAAUUAUAAAAUGUUAAUUGAUCUUUUGCUUCUGGGCGUGUAACUGUGUGCCCCUUAUUCUGUCCAAUGAGGUCUUUUCAGAAAAUAUGUCCGUUAACGUGUCCAUUAAAGGGGCAAUCUGGGAUUCAAACAACAACAAAGCGGUUACUCCACCACUGGAGAAAUGUAUCCACUUUCCAAUUCAUAGACAGAGCAAUGGAUGCAAGGACUGACCAUCCACAGCUGUGGAAUGUUGCGUUUGGCGAGCCAUCAUCGGCCUGCAAUCUCAGUCUAAUCUUCUUUGAUUGUAACUGCCAGUGAAAGUUUUCACUUUAUCUCUGAUUCAGUCUUGUUACUCAGAGCAAUAGAUCUUCUCACAACAACCCUGCUGAGAACUGAUCACUGAUCAUUUUGUCUUCAGUAAUGAUUCUUAUAACACUCAAGCGGAAUAUUCUUUCAUCUGUUUGAUAGGCUAUUAAUAGAUUUUGUUUUCAUGGAGUCGAUUAAGCCAUGACACAAGAUACCAAAUUAAUUGAUGAUGAAAUAUGUAGACUACAGUACAUUUGGAAAGUAUUCAGACCCUUUCACUUUUUCAACAUUUUGUUAUGUUACAGCCUUAUUCUAAAAGUUUUUUUUUUUAUCCUCAUCAAUCUACACACAAUACCCCAUAAUGAAUUUGAAUUUUUUGCAAAUAUAUUAAAUAUAAAAACUGAAAUAUGACAUUUACGUAAGUAUUCAGACCCUUUACUCAGUACUUUGUUGAAGCACCUUUGGCAGCGAUUACAGCCUCAAUUCUUCUUGGGUAUGACGCUACAAGCUUGGCACACCUAUAUUUGGGGAGAUUCUACCAUUCUUCUCUGCAGAUCCUCUCAAGCUCUGUCAGGUUAGAUUGGGAGCAUCGCUGCACAGCCAUUUUAAGCUCUCCAGAGAUGUUUGAUCCGGUUCAAGUCCGGGCUCUGGCUGGGCCACUCAAGGACAUUCAGAGACUUGUCCCAAAGCCACUCCUGCGUUAUCUUGGCUCUGUGCUUAGGGUCGUUGUCCUGUUGGAAGGUGAGCCUUUACCCCAGUCUGAGGUCCUGAGUGCUCUGGAGCAGGUUUUCAUCAAGGAUCUCUCUGUACUUUGCUCCGUUCAUCUUUCUCUCGAUUCUGACUAGUCUCCCAGUCCGUGCCGCUGAAGAACAUCCCCACAGCAUGAUGCUGCCACCACCAUGCUUCACCGUAGCAAUGGUGCCAGGUUUCCUCCAGACGUGACGCUUGGCAGUCAGGCCAAAGAGUUCAAUCUUGGUUUCAUCAGACCAGAGAAUCUUGUUUCUCAUGUUCUGAACGUCCUUUAGGUGCCUUUUGGCAAACUCCAAGCGGGCUGUCAUGUGUCUUUUACUGCGGAGUGGCUUCCGUCUAGCCACUCUACCAUAAAGUCCUGAUUGGUGAAGUGCUGAAGAGAUGGUUGUCCUUCUGGUAGUUUCUCCCAUCUCCACAGAGGAACUCUGGACCUCUGUCAGAGUGACCAUCAGGUUCUUGGUCACCUCCCUGACCAAAGCCCUUCUCCUCCGAUUGCUCUGUUUGGGCAAGCGGCCAGCUCUGGGAAGAGUCUUGAUGGUUCCAAACUUCUUCCAUUUAAGAAUUAAGGAGAAUACUGUGUUUUGGGGGACCUUUAAUGCUGCAGAAAUGUUUUGGUACCCUUCCCCAGAUUUGUGCCUCAACACAAUCCUGUCUCGGAGCUCUACGGACAAUUCCUUCGACUUCAUGGCUUGGUUUUUGCUCUGACAUGCACUGGCAACUAUGGGACCUUAUAUAGACAGGUGUGCCUUUCCAAAUCAUGUAGAAACAUCUGAAAGAUGAUCAAUCGAAACAAUUUCGAGUCUCAUAGCAAAGGGUAUAGCAUUUUUUUUAAACUGUUUUCACUGUCAUUUCGCGGUAUUGUGUGUAGAUUGAUGAGGAAAUGUUAAUUUAUUCCAUUUUAGAAUAAGGCUGUAACGUAACAAAAUGUGGAAAAAGGGAAGGGGUCUGAAUAAUUUCUGAAUGCAAUUGUUUUAUUUGUCAGUUCAUUGACCCGAAGCCAAGGUUAUGGGACAUCAAAAACCUGUUCCCAACUUACUUGAAUUUUAUAUGGCAUUGCGGUGAAACCUUUUGAGUUCAAGUGAAACUGCUACAUUUCUCAAUUUAUACUAAUCAAUUUAAGCCAUUGGUGAAUUUUAAUGGGUGACAGACAAAUUCUUUCAUUUCUUUAAGUAAUUGUAUUUUCAUAUUUUGUAGCAGAGCCGCGAUGAGUUGGUUAUAAUUUUGUAUUGAGCAUGCACCGCCAUACACUGUUGUUAGUUGCUUGUGUGACAAUUUUACAGUUCUUGUUUACAAUGUCCUUCAUAAAUAUUAAUCUUCCCGUAAUUGGAUAGGUUUUUCCAUCUCCAUGGUUUCAAGAUUCUAUAUAUUUUGCUACAUUUGAUAUGAAAGUUAAUAGUUGCAAAAUUGCUCAACUUUUCCAGGAUAUGUACAUCAACUUCACCAUCCACCCAUUUAAAUCGAGAGACCACAUAGCAAUUUAAAGUAAUCCGUAAUAUAGUACACUUAUCAUAGUUGGGUUUUAGUCCAGAGAAACUGGAGAAAUUAUCCAGUUCCUCAAUGAGGCUCUUCAAGGUUGAAGAUUAAGGACUCAAGAGAGAACUUGAAUCAUAUGCGUACAUUGAUACUCUAAUUCCUUAAUUUUUGGUCCCUUAAAUGUUAUCUUUAGAUUUGAUUGUUAAAGCCAACAAUUCAAUGGCCAUAAUAAAUACUGUAUGUUUGGUGACGGAGGGCAACCUUGUUUUAUGCCUCUUGACACUUAAAAGUUCUCAGAUGUAACCAUUAUAAUUUUUUUAUAUAAAUAAUUGUUGUACAUGACUUUUACCCAUCUUGAGAGAUUCUCUAAAGAUUAAAAAAUCCAGGCACUUAUAAACAGAUUCUAGACAUACUGUAUCAAAUGCUUUCUCAAAUACUUUCUCCUAUAAAGAUUAUACCUGGUUUCCCUGCAUUCUCAAAGUUUCCCAUUAUUUCUAGUAGUUGUCUAAUAUUGUCUCCAAUAUAUCUUCCUUUUAAGAAUCCUGUCUGAUCGUGAUGAAUAGUGUCCUGUGAGGGGGCAAGAGCCCCUGUGCCCCAUAUGGGCAUGACGCCUCUGCCAUCUCAUUGGAAUAUUCAUGCAGAUUAGAGUACACCUCUAAAAAUAGCUGACUGAUUAUGUUGGCAGAGAGUACAGAUUCUAUAUGGAAAUGACUUCUGUACAAAUUAAAUGACUAUGGAAUGUAAUACUCUACUUGAAUGCAUGUAUUCCACUAGUACACACGGUACAGAUACCAGGAUCUGAUUUCAAGCCUGAAGAUUAAAACUUCUUGUCAUUAGGGGGUGCUGUUGGCACUUUGUAAUAAUGACGUUCCCAAAUUAAA